AUGGCGGCAACGCAACCACAUGUCAUUACUGCAUACUUUUGCCCAGAUUACAUGCAAUCGGAUCGAGGUAAACGAAGAGUUCUGAUAGAACCAUCCCAAGUCGAUGGAUCUAUUGGCAAUUGA